CUUAAAAUAUCAUUGGGUUUUAAUCCCUCUACCCUGGAACUAAGGACUUUGCUCCAUGGCUUAGAGCUGUCCCUAAAGGAUAAAGGGUACUCCUGGAUAAUCUAGAUAACACCAGCAGCCUAUUGCUGCUCUAACAUGUUUCUGAAAGCCUCCCAGCAUCAUCUGAUGUCAGAGAUAAGUAACUCCAGCAAGGCUGGUUUAGUGGACGUCUGGAUCGAUAGACAAGCCACAAGAGCACUGAGAAAAUACAGCUGUGUUACAAUUUUCUUAGUAGUGUGUGUGUGUGUGUGUGAGUGAUGAGUCAAACAGUGUCCUACCUGAAGGUUUGAAGGGUAUAAGGACCCUUUGUAAAGCCACAGUCGGGGUGCCCUGGCUUGGCUGGGGCACUGAAAUGUGCACAAAUCAAUAUUGAGCCCCGUGGUUCUGUGUUUUAUGUCCUAGCUUCUCUGCUCAGUCAGCAUGAGCCACUUGCAGACUUUCCGCGGCAUGUGCCUGAGGAGUGUUGCUGGUGUCCCUCACCUGCUCCGGGCUGGGAUCUGGCAGCACCCUCGGAGCUCACUCCAGCAGAGUCGGUCUGGUUGGUGCCAUUACAAAGCCGUGAUCUUUGAGGCAAGCGCAGUGCUCCUCCCGUCCCCUUACAAGACCAUCGUGGACUGGGAGGCCCAGAACUGGCUUCCAGCUGGCACCAUCCAGCAAGCUCUGCUGUCUGGAGAGGAAACCAGUCCCUCCCAGAAGUAUGCAAGAGGAGAGCUGACAACUGUGGAGUUCUUGCAGGAACUGGGACAGCAGUGCUUUGAGAUUGCAAAGGUCUGUGUUCCAGUGGACUCUUUUCUCUUGGACUUAAUCAGAAAUGAGAUGAUAAAACAGCUCCCCAUAAUGGCAGAAGCAGUGCAGUGUAUCCGUGCAGAAGGUCUUAAGACGGCUCUUCUAAACAACAGCUUCUGCCUGCUAGAUGGAAAGAGCUUUUUGCCUCUGGACCCAAAGCACUUUGAUGUGAUGGUUGAACCUUAUUGGGAAGGGAUGUGCAAGCCAGAUCCUGGUAUCUACAAGCUGUGCUUGAAGCGCUUGGGUGUUCAGCCCCAGGAAUCCAUCUUCCUUGACAACAGCAGCCAGAACCUGAGAGCAGCAGCCCAGCUGGGCAUUAAAACAGUGAAGGUUGAUGAUCCAGAAGCAGCACUCAAAGAGCUGGAAACCUGUCUGGGUUUUCCAUUGCAAGGGUUUGUUCCAUAUACUCAUUCAGUGAGACCAAACAUGGAAAUUCCAAAAGAUCAUCUGCAGAAGUACCUUGAAAAUGUUUUUGGUUGCCAUGCCACAGGCCCACUCAUGUUACGGCAGUUUGGCCGUGGACAGUUGACCAGGACCUACCUGGUCAAGUUUGGAGAUCGCUUGCUGGUGCUGAAGAAGGAGCUCUCUGACAGCCUGUGCCACUCAGGCUCUGCUGUCAGCAGGGAAUACAGGCUGCUGAAGGCACUCGCUGAGGCUGGAGUUCCUGUUCCCACUGUACUUGCUCUCUGUGAGGACAGAAGCACCCUUGGUACAGCUUUCUACCUGAUGGAGCACUGUGCUGGCCGUGUCUACAGUGAUGCCUCCCUCCCUGCGCUGCAGCCCAGCCAGCGAAGGGCUCUUUAUGCUGCCAUGAGUCAAGUCCUCUCCAAGAUCCACGGCAUAGACCUCAGAGCAGCCAAGCUGGAGGACCUUGGGCAGCAUGGUAGCUACAUUCAGCAGCAAGUUGAGAGCUGGACAAAGCAGUAUCGAGCUGUGGAGGCUGGCAUCAUUCCAGCCAUGGAGAGACUCAUCCAGUGGCUGCCUCUGCAUUUCCCUGAGUCUCAGAAGACAACACUUGUGCAUGGUGACUUCAGGAUGGACAACCUGGUCUUUCAUCCAGACAGGCCAGAAAUCCUUGCUGUCCUUGGCUGGAAGCUUUCAACUCUAGGAGAUCCCAUCUCUGAUUUGGCGAAUAACUGUAUGGCCUACUUCCUGCCACCUCACUUUAGUGCACUCAGAGGCUUGAGGAAGUGUGACCUGGGGCAGCUGGGAGUCCCCACAGCAGAGGAGUAUUCCCAGAUGUACUGUGACCACAUGGGAGUGGAGCUUCCUGAGAACUGGAACUUCUACAUGGCCUUUGCCUUUUUCCGACUGGCAGCAACGCUGCAGGGACUCUGCAAACGCACUCUGGCAGGGAGGCCAGCCCCAGGUGAGAGCAGCCCAGAGGAUGCAGAAUUCGUGGCUGACCUGGCUUGGGAGUUUGCCAUCAAAGAAGGCUUCCGUGUGUUUGACAGCCUGCCCACCACCACGGCUCUUGCACGACCUUACAACACCUGGGCCAGGCCAGACCCAUUCCUCAGCAGGAGCUACAGUACCUGCACACAUCCUAGGGAAGCUCCAGUGCCCAAAGUCCCCCUGGUCACUGCCCCCCCCAGCCUGCUGGGGAUGGCCCUGGGUCUCAAUUGCAAUCUGGAAAAGAUCAUGGGCAUGCAGUGGGGUUUCCUGAUUUCCAAGCCCAGAUGGACUCCACACUCUCUUCUAGAUCUGAAGGCCAAGAGUACCAGGACCAAUGCAGUGGCUCUGAAGGUGACCUUACAGGCCAUGGAGCAAGAGAGCCAGGUUUCUGGAGCAGAACAUCUCAGCAGUCCAGACCCCAGCCUGGUUCUUCACUCAGACCUAAGCUCCACUUCUGGCUGAAGGUUCACAGGUUCACAGGACAGUGCUCUCCAAACCAGAGCUGAGCCACAGUGCUGGGGAGCCUCAGGCAGCUGCUCUGGGUGGGAGAGUCAUGCUAACAGCAGCUGAGAAGCCUGAAUUUCAGUGGCGUUAUCUCAUAUCUGGGCUCAGUAUCCUUAUGACCUGGAUCAACAGAUAUGGGCCAAAAUGCAGCCCUGGGUCUUGAGGCCACAGAAGGCAAAUACCAGCCUUGCACGGGGGAAGCCAGUCAGGAAUAACCAGCUGCAAGAUCUGGAUUCAGGAAUAAAGAGAAUGGAGCAGGGUUCUCUCCUUCUCCAGCACAACACCUUCAGCUACCUGCAGAUGUACAGAGAAUCUUUGUUGAUGGUGGGGGACUGAAUCAAGUCCUCUAGGACUCUGUCCUCAGGGGAGGCUUUGGAGCUGAGGCAGUGCCUAGUCCCUGGGGCUGGGAGGCCUCCAUGGUCACCAUGUCUGCAGUGUGUCUCUGAGUUUCUUUGGGGAUCAGGGAGGAUGCAGGCUGGAUCAGUGUGGGCUUUCAGUGCCUUACAGCGGCCACCAGCAAGGGGAAAACUGUGGGAACGAUCAUGGUAAUUCCUGAGCUUUUUAUGUGUUGUCUGUUGGUAAUUCAGUAUUAAAGUGAAUUCUUUGCAUUCUU